UAGAGCUCACAUUUUAGUGGCAUUAUUUGGUGCCAGAGUUAGGCAAUAAACAACUAACCAUGUGUAAAUUCACCAGCUAAGUAUAUUGUAUCGACUCAUUAAAGAAGAUGACUGUUAGAGAUAAUCUAAUAAAUUUUGUAUAACACUAUUGUAGGGCUCUUUAGACCCAGCGAGCGAUGAAAUGUUUGGAUGCCCAACAUUUUAAAAAUGCCUUAGAUGCGGUAUCUAUAUCUAGGAGCUUUAUUAUAAAUGGAAUCAUUACUAUACCGUUCUUAUAAUCAUAUUUCUCUAAGCUGUGAUUUAUUGUAAGAAUAGAGUGAACUCGAGGUCACGCAAACAGUGAUUUUUGGCUUUCCUCGCACUUAAAGCUAUGGCUGCUAUUGUAUAUUUAUGUUGGAUUCACUUGAUUUUUAAUCAACGUUUAAAUCAUAUAGUAUUUCGAUUACUUGCGUAGCAAUUUUAAUUCUUAAAUUACUACAUUGUAAACAUUGAUUAACGUUAUUCCGAACGUUCUCCAGUAGUACCAAUGUUUUUUAAGAAAUCGUUUUUAUUUCAUUCAAAAUAUGUGCGUCCUUCAUAGAAUGAACAAUUGCAACGUGAACUCAGUGACUUGUAUAGAAAAAGCAUCUUGCAUUAACAGUUUCUUAAGGACAAACAAAUAUCAGUUGCUGGAUUAAUCAGCCAAGCUCUUUUUUUAACUACGCGUACCUGUCGGCAAGAUAACGUACGAAUGCUCCGGAAGCACUACACUUCUUUCCUGUCUUCUGCUAACUCAGCGAGAAUCCAUACCGCGAGAUCUCGUUAACUCUGUGGACGUGUCGAACGUCAGCGGCCUUCAAUAGACAUACAGGCAGACUCCAUAAGAACUUCGUGGCCAUCUCCGCGGCCGCAAGGUGAACCAGAGGAUUGCUGAGAUUGAAACUCACGGCUAAGUUCGUACAGCCCGGAACCAGCGGACGAUCUCCUGUGAGUAAAUAGUGCGCGUACUUAUACGAUUUUCACUUAGUUGGAUACGACAUAAAUGUGCGAUCAUUAUGCGGCUUUGGCAAACAUCGUUGGCGUUCGUGAUGCUUGGAGUUCUCAACGCUGCAUUAGAAUAUGGAAUGAGUUGUGUUGUUGGAAUGAAUCUAAACGAUCCUGAAGAGACAGAGCGGAACUAUCUCUACUCGGAAGAGACACGUGUGUUUCAUAUUCCUUCUCAAGAAGAAGCUAAAAUGAUGAGUGAUGACGAACGAAGACGUAAUGCCAAAAACCUGUUUCUCGAAGAGCGAGAAAUUCAUUCAGAAGUAGCUGGAUCAGACGAUCCCUAUAAUGGGGACUUAUUCAACAAGCGCCAUGCGGUAGAAGAUAUAGUUGUUGCUUCUUCGACGACACCUGAGGCGAACAAAGAAGAAGAAGAAGGGAGUCAAGGAAGCGACUUCUUAAACGCCGGCUCUAACGCUGAGUUGCCAUGGGGUAACCUUCAACAUGCAAAUCUUAAUAAUACAGGUCUCCAUAGUAGCAUUUCUGGACCACCUGGUAAUCGAAGCGAGGCGUUAGAAAGGAGUUCAACUCCGGUAACCUUCUUCAGCGCCGGGUUAAAAGUAGCGAGCCCUAGUGCUACAGGGAACGGCCCUUCAAUAGGAAAUCCACCUGUAGGGAUUAGUUCAGGAAACGUUAAUUUUCUUAUAUCUUCUGCCACAUCUAAACCAAAGGUGUUUGCAAGUACAAACCAACAAAGCAACCAGAAAAGACAAAAUCAGGGCACGUUCGUUUUCUCUGACACGCCUGAAGUAACGGGAUCCCUAGCGGAUUCAGGUAAUAAUGAAGAUGGCGGAGAUUCCAAUUCUCAGACGAAACCAGGUGGAAACGAAGGGUCCCCUAUUGACGAGGAUGAGUGCAAAGAUCAAACGGCGGAGGAAACAACGACCAUCAGUUCCACCAAUAAAAACGGCCAAAAAUUACCUCAUAACGAGGAUGGUGCGUCAUGUAGGAAAGUAGGCUCUUGUGAGCCCACCUCGCAUUCUGCAGAUCUUAGCGACCAUUUAGCAGAAAAGGAUAAACGGGACUCCAAAAUUGCUGAUGCAGGCCCGGAAAAUAAAACUUCAUUAUGGAAUUAUCAUCUAAGACCUGGCCAUGAGUCCGGCGGGUGUCAUUUUGUGCGCGGUAAUUGCGUGCACCUCAUUCAGAACAAUCGGAUUUUCGGUCCAUUUUCCAUUUCCGUCCCGGACGCGCAAUUAGGAAGCUUAAGAAAAGAUGUCGUCGUAACUAUAAACGGACAGAAAAUUCCGGGUACAUUAUACGGACCACUCAAGGCCAAACUGAGGCUCCAGGACGCACCGGAUCCGAUCCUACCUGACGAUAUUUCUGAUAAAUUCUUAAUUAAUAAUUAGAACGAUGUUUAAAAAAGUCAACAUGUGCUUAAAUCUUUAGCCAAAAUCACUUGUGAAAUUUUUAAAGCGUGCUAGAAUCUAACACCUUUUCAACAGUUGUUACACUUCCAUGUCGAUACACAAUGAGCGAAAACAACGUCUUGAUUAUUGCUAUAAUGUAUAAUCCAGCCAUGUAAUAGAGCUAAGUCACAGAGACAGAAACAUUUUGAAGGCAUUAGCUAGCACCGAUCAUGACAAGGCCUUGAGAGUCCUAUAUAACACAAAAAUAGGUAGUACGAAUAUAAUAAAUAUAGUAAUAAUUUACUUAACUAACGAACCCGCAAAUAAAAGACUGCAUCAAUUUGCAUAUUUUUGAACUGGGGACCUUUUUAUUCAAAGUUCCCGACGCCACCCUCUACUCUGUUUAGCGAACACCGCAUGCAGAAACUGGAAUAAAGCUUUGUUUACGAAACUCUGAACUGCUACUGUAGUUAUUUCUGUUGGCUGUUAUAUCGGUUUAAAACUCUCUGACGCCUUCGGAAGCUGA